CCUGGCUGAGUGUGGGGCCAGCCCGGGGUCUCCGGACCUCACAGCAUGGAAGGGCCCUUCCGACUCCUGGCCUGCUUGGUGUGCAUCGUCCCGAUGGGAUCACUUGUGAGGACUAAAAGAGAUACCACUGGGAACUUGCUCUACACAGAGAUGAACAGUGCGCCCUCGCAGCGCUGGUCCAUGCAGGUGCCUGCCGAGGUGAGCGCGACGGCGGGCGAGGCCGCGGUGCUGCCCUGCACCUUCACGCACCCGCACCGCCACUACGACGGGCCGCUCACGGCCAUCUGGCGCGCCGGCGAGCCGUUCGCCGGCCCGCAGGUGUUCCGCUGCGCCGCGGCGCGCGGCAGCGAGCUGUGCCAGACGGCGCUCAGCCUGCACGGCCGCUUCCGGCUGCUCGGCAACCCGCGCCGCAACGACCUGACGCUGCGCAUCGAGCGCCUGGCGCUGGCCGACGACAGCCGCUACUUCUGCCGCGUCGAGUUCGCGGGCGACGUCCACGACCGCUACGAGAGCCGUCAGGGCGUCCGGCUCCGCGUGACGGCCGCCCCGCGGAUCGUCAACAUCUCUGUGCUGCCAGGCCCGGGGCACGCCUUCCACGCGCUCUGCACCGCUGAAGGGGAGCCACCGCCCGCCCUCGCCUGGUCCGGCCCGGCCCUGGGCAACGGCUCGGCCGCUACGCGGAGCCCAGGUCAUGAUCACGGCCACCAGGUGACCGCCGAGCUGCCCGCGCUGGCCCACGACGGCCGCUACACGUGUACGGCCUCCAACAGCCUGGGUCGCGCGGAAGCCAGCGUCUACUUGUUUCGUUUCCACGGCGCCUCUGGGGCCUCGGCGACUGCCCUCCUGCUAGGCGCACUCGGCCUCAAGGCACUGCUGCUGCUCGGCGUUCUGGGCGUUCGGGCCGCUGCCCAUCAUCGCCUAGAGCACCCAGUCACCCCGGACGCUCCGCCAAGGCCCCAGGCUCAGGAGUCCAGUUAUGAGAAUUUGAACCAGAUGAGCCCCCGGGGCCCACCAGCAGCUGUGUGUUCACCAUGAGGAGCCUAUUGGCCACCCGCAUCCACUGGUCACCACGAGGAACAAAGGCCAACAGGAGGCUUGGCUGGGACAGCCCUUCCUGGCUCCCAGGCACUUUGACAGCUCCAGCCUGGCAACACCCUGAGGUCAGGACCGUGCUCACAGAGGCUCAGAGGUCUCCUGUGUGGACUUCUGUCUUCAAGCCCCAGCAAUAUUUCUGUCUAGGGGGCAGCAGUUUGAAAGUGUGUGUAUGUGUGUGUGCACGUGUGUGCACAGGAACACAAGUGUGACCCUUCUGGAAAGCUCUUUUCACCUUUUCCUACUUAGAACAGAGCAAAGCAGGCAGGACACUGGUCAGAUGGGUCUCCAGGCCCUGGCUCCAUCUGGGUUCUGUCACUGACUUGCUACGGGGGCCAAGGCACUUUUUUGCUUCUCUGUUGAACUUGUCCACUGUCGAACACGGACAGUAUCAUUCUUCCCUCCCGGCUUAGGGGCUAUCAGGGUCUGAGCACAAAGUGGGUGUGGAAGGGCUUUGGGCAGUACAGGGCCGUCCACAGGUGUGAGCAGGGUUACAGGCCCCUCCUUGCAGAGCCGCCUUGGACAAGUGUAGCUGCCGCCCCAGCCCUGCUGAGAGUGAGGAGCCCAGAGAGCAAGCCUAGGGCUGGGCCAUGCCGCCCUGAAGUCCCAGGAACAUGGAAUCAGCAACGAGGAGUCCAGUGUUCCUGCACCCUGAGGUCUCCUCUGCAACUGUCCCACUCUGCCCACCUCUCACCCCAUCAGCUGCUCUGCCCUGCCUUCAGCUGGGACCUCUGGAAGAGGAAACAAAACAUCUAUCACCUCAAAGCAUCUGAAAAUUCACUGUCCUUCCCACCACAAGCCGGGAAGUGUGAGGACCAGUCUGGGCCACAGGGGGUCCGUAGGUAAAGCAGCCGCAGCUCUGACCUGCCUCCACCUGCUUCUUCCCUGGAUGUGCACCGGCCAGAAGUCCCAGGAGUUUCCCACCUGCCCAAGUGCUGCCAGGCUGCCUCCAGGCCACGGCCUUCCAUUCUCACACUGGAUCAUUUUAGCUCCUGCAGUCCUUGGGGACAGGUUGGGGGAUGGGGGGGAGGCGUGCUUGGGACUGGACAAGCUAGCAAGAGAAAAAGGCCACAGAGAUUGGGGAUGCAAGAGGCAAUGGGAACACACUUUCUUUCCUCCAGAACUUUUCCAGAAGCUGCAGUGGUAGCUGGGGUCCUUUCUGAUGCUUUCUGCCGAGACGGCGCAAAGUCUGAAGGGUCUUCACAAGUUAACAAGCAGGGCGGGGGGUUAGGAGUUUCCUCCCCUCCUCCUGGAGCCAUCGCCAGAGUGAAAGGGUAAUGGCGGCUCACGGUUAACUCAGGAUCUAUCGGGAGCCUGUCUGACUUGCUCAGAGGUCAGAGGAGGUGGCAUCCAUACCUUGCUGGGCAGGUAUACUUUGGGACACCUCCACGGAGAGUCCCGUGUCAUCAGGGAAGGACACGGGGUGGUGUGUCUGUCUUAGAGCAUCUGCGUGGUCUUUGAGGCUAGUUUCACAGCCAAGAAAAACGUGAUAGGAAUUGUAUCAUAUGCCUUGUUUUGUGCUAGCAGUUGGGCCAGUGUUUGGGGAUAUAGAAGUAAGGCUGGGCUAGGUGAUGCUGCAUUAACAAACCCCAGUCACAGUGACUAGAACAGUUAGGUUUCUUCUCUUCAAAGCUGCCUGCUUGGCACAGAUCAUCAAGAGGCUGUGUGCAUUUUCCUUACUCUGGGAUCCAGGCUCCCAGGGGCCCACCCUCUCUAAUGUGCAUUGCUGGGUUGGAUCAAAAGAAAGCUCCAGAAGAUCUUCCACUUGGGAUCAUAGUGCAUUGGCCAGAACUAGCCAGUGGGGAGGUCCCAGGAGACCUCUAGGGGCUGGGCAGUGGGACCCUUCACCAUACCUAGAAGGAAGGAAGCUGGAGCCUUUGGGAACAGCCCUGAAAAUUCCACAGGGGCACUGUCUAGGGGUCCUCAUGCUAGUGAGCAACACAGACCAGUAAGCGGGAAUCACAUCUGCUGGGCAUCAGUCUGCUGGGGGUUCUAUAGGAGCACCUAAAAGAGGCUGACUGACCCAGUCUUCUUGGAGGAGGGGACAUGGAGAUGGUACACGUUGGCCAUGUAAAUGGGGGAGAAUGGAGAUUGGGAGGUAAGGGGGGAAAAACCAAAAGGGACAUUCUGGGCGAAGGCCAGGAGGUAAGCGUGCUGUCUAAGCAGUGGAAAGUUGCUGGAGCACCAGGCAGAGGCAGCGUGUCUGGAGCUGAGGCUGCAGCAUGGAGGCUCCCAGGCGCGAAGGGUGCUGCCCCAGCAAGAACGAGCAGCUGAGCCUGGGUUUCUACCUUCGGCCUUAGGGUGUCGGAGCAGCAUUUUGCCGAUGGGUUCCAAGUAUCACCUGCAUCAGGGACACCUGGGGAGCUUGUUCAACUCGUUCUCAGUACCCCUUGGACCACCCAAAUCACAAGGUAUAUGAGGGCAGGCUCUAUAGACAAAAUAUCCAGGGGAUUUUGGCCCUAACUUUGUAAUAUGAUUAUUUUCAAACACACACACACACACAACUGGAAAACUAGAUCAUCCAGAUACCCACUACCUACAUUCAACACUUCCUAACAUUUUGCCAUAUUAGUUUAAUGCACGUGUGUGUCCGUGUGUGCGUGUGCACGCGUGUGUAUUUGGCUCAACCAUUCAAGAGUAAAUUGCAGAAAUCACAGUACUUGACCCUUAAAUAUCUCAGCUGUGUCUCCUGAGAACAAGUGCUGUCUCCUCCAUAACCUCAAGGCCAUUAUCACAUUUGAAAAAAUUAACAAUUAUUUAAUAAUAUUGUUGUGUCACCCACAUUCAUAUUUCUCCAACUGUCCUUUUUUAGCUUGCCCCCAACGAGUUGACUCCAGGUGGUUUUUAGGCGAGAUGACCGGAGACUCCCUCUGAGUCAGCCCACUUGUCAGGGUGCUGGCUGCCCCCGGUGAUGCUCCCUGCAGUGUUUGCGCUUGGAGGAGGACUUCCCACGGGCUGGGGCAGCAGUAUUCCUCUCUGCUGCAGGGCUUCAGACACAGAGAUGGACCGGGGGAGGCCCAGUGAGGAGGGAGAGCCCAGGCGGCCUCCUGCCCGGUCUCCAAUUAAAGGGUCUGCUAAGGGCAGAGGGGAGGGUGGU